ACGCGAACGGACGUUCAAAAAAACCGGUAAAAUCUGAGAUCGAGAGCAAGCGCGUGCGUGCCUGCCAAGCAGAAAAAGCUAACCGUUUCAGUUAACUACCAAGAUCGAAUUUCGCCAUCGGGCAAUUACUAAAAAUAAGUGCAGCUCGUCAACAUUGUGUUUUGCUUGGCUUUUAUCGCAGACAAGAACUGAUAAAACGAGAAAGAUAUCUCGCGAAACUCGUUCUCGCAGAUCUCUUGUGCAAAUUGGCGUUCGCGGAAGGGAAAAACAAGCAGCAGCGCGAAGAAAAUCCGCCCGUCUAGACAAAGAAUAUAUCAUCUCUCAAAAGGGCAGCAGCCCGAGUGGUUUAUCUAUAUUGUAGAUGUUACAGCUUAUCAUCUUUCUGUGAGGGUGUUUUGAGAUACAUAUAUAAAAAAAUACAGUGUACAUAGUGCGACAAAGCUCGAGUGGGAACAGCUGUCGAGUGCCCUUGAGUGGGCGGGCAAGAUCGUCAUUAAUAUCAUCCGUAUCUGAAGGCCCCGGCCGCUCUAAGAUCCGCAGUGUUCAUCAAUUAUGACCGCCGAGACCCUCAAGCCGUUUAUAACGCCAACGAGUGCCAACGAUGGUUUUCCGGCCAAAGCGACCAGUGCGGCGACCGCCCAGCGACGCACCCGCCAGAUGAUCCCCUUUGUUUUGGGGUUCAUCGGUCUCGGUCUGGUCAUUGCCAUUCUCGCUCUAACGAUCUGGCAGACAUCGCGGGUCACGCAGCUGGACAAGGAGUUGAAGAGUCUGAAGCGAGUCGUCGAUAAUCUCCAACAGCGAUUGGGCAUUAACUAUCUGGAUGAGUUUGACGAGUUCCAAAAGGAGUACGAGAAUGCGCUCAUCGACUAUCCGAAAAAGGUGGAUGGCCUUACGGACGACGAGGACGAUGAUGACGACGAUGAUGGUCUGGAUCCCAUUGCAGAUGGGGAGGAGGACGACGAUAGCUAUGGCUCUGAAGAUGAUGGCAUCACUGAUUACGAGGACUACGCCGAUAUGUUAAACAAGCUGCACAAUGCACACUCUGAAACGACCACGCCCACAUCCGCGACCACAGCAGAGGGCGAUGGCGAAACGGACAGUGCCUCCUCCGCCUCGAAUGAUGACAAUGUUUUCGAAGACUUCACAAGCUAUAACGCCCACAAAAAGAAGAAGGAGAGAAAAUCUCGCUCGAUUGCCGAUGUACGCAAUGAGCAGCAGAAUGUUCAGGGAAAUCACACGGAGCUGCAGGAAAAGUCAUCCACGGAGGCUGUUUCCAAGGAGAGCUCAUCUGCACUUCACCAUCGUCGCAGAAUGCAUUCCCGCCAUCGUCGCCUGUUGGUCCGCAAAGGUGACUCUCUUAUUUCAGCCAGAUCCGAGGAUUCGAAACCAGCCGCCCAUUUCCACCUGAGCAGCAGAAGGCGACACCAAGGAAGCACGGGUUAUCAUGGAGACAUGUAUAUAGGAAAUGAUAAUGAGAAUAACGCUUAUCAAGGACACUUUCAAGCGCGCGACGGCGUUUUGACUGUGACCAAUCCCGGCCUAUAUUACGUAUACGCCCAGAUAUGCUACAACAAUUCGCACGACCAGAACGGGUUCAUCGUCUUCCAAGGGGACACUCCCUUCCUGCAGUGCCUGAACACGGUGCCCACCAACAUGCCCAAUAAGGUGCACACCUGCCACACCAGUGGACUGAUCCACCUGGAACGGAACGAGCGGAUCCACCUGAAGGACAUUCACAACGAUCGCAAUGCCGUUCUACGGGAGGCGAACAACAGAAGCUACUUUGGCAUCUUCAAGGUGUAGAAACGAGAGAGAUUAUCCCUGGUCAAAAGAAAUAGAACCAGCCUAAGCUUUAGUAGUCCCCGCGACAGCUCGUGAAUGCGAUUCAUCGCCAGCGUGGAUCCAUUAGUUGAUAGUCCCUAGUCUUAGUCACUCAUAACCUAAUCUCAAUCUGAAUCACGCACACUGCAACGAUGAGGCAGAAACCGCAUGAAAUCAUAUUUAUUUUGUAUAUACUCCUUCGACUUUAAUUAUACGAUGAAAAAGUGAAUAAAUCUCUUGUGUAUCUUUAGCGGAA